AUGGUACAUCAAAACUAUGGACCUGACACAAGUCAUGAGGAACGCGCCCACCGGCGGCUCCAGAUUAUCUACGCACGGAAAACUAAGGAAAGACAAGUAUUCAUGCAAGAGCUUAAAGAAAUAAGACAAAAGAAUGACAAGCGUAUGCUCAAGAAAGUUAGAGAUUCAAUUGGACCAAUUUGGUAUCAGGUUUUGAGCGUUCCGCAGAGAAGUGCUCUAGAUACUUUAGAGUUUUCAAUUUAUCAGGACAUUUUAGAAGGGCGUCCCAUAAGAACGGCUAGAGUCAUGAAAGAGCUAGGUUUAUACCCACGUCCAAACAUAAUAAACUUAAUGAACUGUGUAUAUUUAGGGCGGAAUGAUCCAAAAGAGAUGCUAGCACAACUAUUCCUUAUGACCUACGGCCAUCCUAUCGAUGGGAAACGAGCUGUCUACAAUCUGAAUGCCCGGCUCAUGUUGUCUGGUAUACUAUAUUUAGGUCUAGAUAAUCUCAUACAAUUGCUCCGUGAAAGAUUCAAACCUGAUCCAAGUCAUAAAAAACCGGUCAAUAAGCCGAAGGCUAAAAUCGAACCUCCAUUGAAAUCACCGUAUCUUCAAAAAAUGAUAGCUGUUCUUUAUGAGCCUCCUAAAAGGAAGCCGAAGCGUCCACCUCCUUUGCCUAACUUAAAUGAUCUCAAUGAGCCUUACGAAGAAGAGCCACCGGUGCCUAAGCUACCUCCCCCUCCGCCGCCACCACCACCACCAAAAAAACGGCUAGCGCGAUCGUUUUGUGACAAAAUUGCUGGAAUCAUGAGAAUUGAGCCUCACACAUCCGUGACGGCAGUCAGUUUGAAAACAGUCGCUCGUACUAGUCAUCGUAAGCUUCGGGGUUCAAAACUAUCUGUUACUGAAGUUAAAAAGACCUAUGGCAUGAGUGGGGUUGGUAAAAGAAAAGGUGGCCGAAGAAGAAAACCUGUAGCGCCAUCUACAGGCAUGUGGAACACACAAUACGUGAUCAGCGGGGUUUGUUACAUACGUGGAAAAUCAGUUUUUGUGAUUAGUACAGUUUCCGUGCUGCCUCCAACAGGGGAUCUCAUUCACGGUGGACACAAAUACAUGGGCGGUCAAUGCGUCAACAUACAUUGUGGUUUCCGCGGGCGACCACCACCACCGAAACCUGAUCCUUGCGAUUGCGUUAAGAAAUGGCACGAUACAGUGAUCCAAUAUGUAAAAAGAACAAAAUGCUAUUGCGGUCAUCACUAUGAUUAUGGUAACGAGGGAGCUUUUCUACCUGAAGAAUUACCAUUUUUCGAAAAGCCUACACGGAAAUCGCCUUUCGUUUUUAAUUAUGACACAAUUUAUGACUUAGAUGAAAAACGACUCCUCGUUCGCAAGGAAUUCAAAAAACUUUGGGACACAGAUAGUGUGCUUCACGUUGAUGACGGUACUUUGAAAGCUAUCAAAGAUAAAAAGAAGAAAAAGUUAAAAAGGUCAUCUACUACAUGUUUGGGUGAAUCUCCGAAGCCGGAAGAUUACUUGAAAUGCGCUCUGCGGCUGAUGAAAAAAGUAAAUGUCGCUGCAAGAUUACCAGACAUACAUCUAGUUCCAGAGCUUAAGGAAUGGAUGAGGAGACGUAUUUAUGGUCCAUUAAAGGGAUACCAAAUAACAGAAACACUGCGCAAAAGCGAAUUCUAUUGGCAGCUAUUCCGUAUGUUCGCUAUGAAAGGAUACGAUCACGUUUCUCCUCCGAGAGAUGCCAUUUUCGGUGGUAAUACAAAUUGGAUGCACAAGCGAGAAUUACAACAACAAUUCGACAAAUACACUGAGAAAUUUAAGUUACAAAUGUAUCGGUCUCACGCUUACGGUACCAAUCUCAUGUGGCCGUCGAUGUGUCAGGCUCAGUUCCCAGAUAAAAAGUUUCGCGAAAUAUACUUUUCAUAUUUGUUUAAACGCAUUGAAGACUUACAACUGAUACGUCCAUACAGUUCGAAAGAAGCUGCAGAACGCAAAGAUGUGUUGGCUCGUAGGCGGUAUUGUUGUGUGCCUGCAGGUAUCGAAGCUAAAGAUUGA